UCACUCCCACUCCAAAAACAAACAGAUUCCUUUCUUCCUUCCUUCCUACCACCAUAAAAUGAUUUCACACACUUACUACUAGGGUUUUCACUCUCUAUAUAUGUAUACAUAUAUAUUUCUGUAUCUAUAACCAUAACAAAAAAUAAAUAAAUAAAAUGAAAUCAACGUCUGUAUCGGACCUUAUUCGCCGUAAAAGAACGCUGAAAAAUGUACUAUUAGGUUUGAUUAUAUUACUAGGUUUGAUUUGUUUCUACAACGGGUCGGUUUUGACCCGAACCGAACCGGUUUAUAAUCCAGGUGAUGAUGCUGGUACGGAUCCUAUUAUUGGAAUCAAUUUAUCUAAUAAACGUCAUAAUGAUUAUUUGGAUACAUUAUUUGAUGAUGAUAAUGAUGAUCCUCAUCUUCAACUUCCUAAAUCUCUACCUGUUUGUGAUAUGAAGUAUUCAGAGUUGAUACCUUGUUUGGAUAGGCAUUUUAUAUAUCAGUCUAAAUUGAAGCUUAAUUUGAGUUUAAUGGAACAUUACGAGCGGCAUUGUCCCCCUGCGCAAAGGCGGUUUAAUUGCCUUAUUCCGCCUCCUGUUGGAUAUAAGCUUCCAAUAAGGUGGCCGGAGAGUAGAGAUGAGGUAUGGAAGGCGAAUAUACCACAUACGCAUCUUGCUCAGGAGAAGUCUGAUCAGAAUUGGAUGAAUGUGGUGGGAGAAAAGAUAAGGUUUCCUGGUGGUGGUACUCAUUUUCAUAAUGGUGCUGAUAAGUACAUUGCUUCAAUUGCGUCGAUGCUCAAGAUACCUGGAGAUAAACUCAACAAUGGUGGAAAUAUUCGAACUGUUCUUGAUGUAGGUUGUGGGGUUGCGAGUUUCGGGGCUUAUCUUUUGCCGUUAGGUAUUAUAGCCAUGUCACUUGCACCAAACGAUGUACAUCAGAAUCAAAUUCAGUUUGCACUUGAACGUGGGAUUCCGUCAACGUUAGGAGUGUUGGGUACUAAAAGACUCCCUUACCCAAGCAGAUCGUUUGAAAUGGCUCAUUGUUCUCGUUGUAGGAUAGAUUGGCUUCAGAGGGAUGGGCUUUUGCUUUUGGAAUUGGAUAGAUUGCUUAGACCGGGAGGUUAUUUUGUGUAUUCUUCACCGGAAGCGUAUGCACAUGAUGCUGAAAAUAGGAGAAUAUGGAAUGCCAUGCAUGACCUAUUGAGAAGGAUGUGUUGGAGAGUUGUUUCAAGGAGAGAUCAGACUGUUAUCUGGGCCAAAUCGAUAAGUAAUAGCUGUUACCUUAAGAGAGCACCUGGAACCAACCCUCCUCUAUGCAGUUCAGUUGAUGAUCCAGAUGUGAGUUGGGAUGUGCAGAUGAAGCCAUGCAUUACUCCAUAUUCUACUAAGAUGCACAAAGGAAAAGGAAGUGGACUUCAACCUUGGCCAAGUAGGCUUACCGGGCCUCCUCCUCGCCUUGAUGAAAUUGGUGUUAGCCCCGAUCAAUAUGAGGAAGACACUAACACAUGGUAUCAGAGAGUGAUUGAGUAUUGGAAGCAGAUGAGAUCUGUUAUACAGAAGAAUUCCAUUAGAAAUGUGAUGGAUAUGAACUCAAAUCUUGGUGGAUUUGCUGCUGCUCUCAAGGACAAAGAUGUUUGGGUGAUGAAUGUUGCUCCAGUAAAUGCGUCUUCUAAGUUGAAGAUUAUUUAUGAUCGAGGGCUAAUUGGAACAGUUCAUGACUGGUGUGAAUCUUUUUCAACAUAUCCACGCACAUAUGACCUGCUUCAUGCUUGGAGGGUAUUUUCAGAGAUCGAGGACCGUGGCUGUAGUGUGGAAGAUUUACUGAUUGAGAUGGAUCGUAUGCUAAGACCAGAAGGGUUUGUCAUCAUUAGAGACAAAUCAUCUGUAGUUGAUCACAUAAGAAAGUUUUUGGGUGCUUUAAGAUGGGAUGGAUAUUCAUUAGAGGUGGAACCAAAAACGGAUGCUCUCUCCUUAAAUGAAGAAAGAGUUGUAAUUGCUAGAAAACAGCUAUGGGGAGAUGAUGAUGAAGAAGAGGCUGCAAGAUUUUAAAUAUGGUUUCUUCUUAGGUAACUCAAUAUUGCAAAUCUUUUUUCACAUAUAUACUGACACCAAACAUAUUAAUGGAUCUAUUUUAGAAAUGUUUGGGGCCCCAAUUUAUAGAAAAUGUUUGGGGCCAAUUGAGGAAGCCGGAAUCAUAGUUUUUAGCAGUGGAAGAUGGUGCACAUUGCAGAAGAACAUAUAUUGGACAUAUUUUCUUUUAGGAAAUUUUGAAGGACAAAGAUUUUGUAAAGCUGGCAUUUGGAUGAAGAAGGAUUUACAAGCAAGCGUGUCUUGAGUUCAAAUUUUUUCCAUUUAUUUGAAUAUCUUCAUUUCUAGGAUAUGGUUUGUAUCAUUAAAAUUCGGAAAUGUUUUUGCUUUAGCUAAUAUAUGUCCAGGUGGAAUUUGAUUA